AUGCCGCCCACACGGCCUCUCACGGGCAUCAAAGUCCUCGAAUUCGCCGGCCUCGCCCCAGGCCCCUUCGCCGGCAUGCUCCUCGCCGACGCCGGCGCCUCCGUUCUGCGCAUCGACCGCGCCCCCUCCCCCAACAACCCACCAACACCCACCCCGGACUUCCUCGCCCGCAACAAAUCCUCCAUAACCCUCAACCUCAAGUCACCGACCUCCCUCCCCCUCCUACACAACCUCAUCACCAAGUCCGACAUCCUAAUCGACCCCUUCCGGCCCGGAGUCCUCGAAAAGCUGCACCUGGGACCCUCCGACCUCCUUCCCUUGAACCCGCGCCUCAUUUAUGCGCGCCUCACGGGAUUCCGCCGCGAUGGAAAAUAUGCGACCAUGGCGGGCCAUGAUAUCAAUUAUCUAGCUGCGUCGGGCGUGUUGGGUUUGUUGGGGCGUAGUGGCGAGAAGCCCCAUGCGCCGUGGAACCUGGUGGCUGAUUUCGCGGGGGGCGGCUUGGCGCUCGUGCAUGGUAUUUUGCUGGCUCUUUUGGCGAGGGAGAGGACGGGUAAGGGCCAGGUCGUCGAGGGAAACAUGGUCGACGGGAGCUCGUACCUAGCCACUUUCCCGCGCUUGGCGUUGAAGACACCCUUGGCCGAUAAGAAGAGGGGCGAGAAUGUGCUCGAUGGCGGGUGUCCCUGGUACGACACCUACGAGACCAAGGACGGAAAGUACAUGUCCGUUGGAGCCCUAGAACCCCAGUUCUUCAAGGCUCUCGUACAGGGGCUAGGUCUGCAGGCGUUAGGGUGGGAGAAGACGCGGGCCGAUAGGAGUACGUGGGGUGAGAUGCGGAGAGUCCUCACCGAGACGUUUAAGACGAAGACGAGGUCCGAGUGGGAGGCCGUCUUUGACGGGACGGAUGCCUGCUGCGUGCCCGUUUUGGAAUAUGCUGAGCUGGAGACCGAUCUCGAGAGGGAGGGUGACCAGAGGCAUAUCGUUACGCUCAAGGAUACGCCUUGCUUUGAAUUUAGCGAAAACGAGGGCGGAGAGCCUGGCGCGAGGAAGGGGUAUACCGCUGACUUCCUGACUCCCGGCGAAGGUGGGGAGGAGGCCUUGGAAGAGUGGUGUGGGCUAAAGAAGGGACGUGAUUAUGAUGUUGUGCAAGGCGCGUUCGUCUCCAAGGAAGGAAAGUCGAAGCUGUAA